UUUUCUUUGUCAUUGUAGCAGUAUUGGUAGCAGAGUUGGUUGUAGUCACUCCCAGCCUACAGACUGCAACAGACCCAACUAGUCCUUCUACUUACUGGAAAGAUUAUAUUUUUCUAAAAUGUUUGCAGUACAUUUGAUAUCGUUUUGGUUCACAAAGCUUAAAGAGGAUCAAUUAAAAAAGGUUGACCGAUUUCUGUACCAUAUGCGUCUGACAGAUGAAACCUUACUGGAUAUCAUGGCUCGUUUUCAAGUUGAGCUAGAGAAAGGUCUGAAGAAGGACACAAACUCAACAGCAUCAUUGAAAAUGUUGCCCACUUAUGUCAGGUCAACUCCUGAUGGUUCAGAAAGGGGGGAUUUUCUUGCUCUCGAUCUGGGUGGCUCCAUGUUCAGAGUUCUGAAAGUGAAAGUGUCUGAAGAUGGAAAGCAGAAAGUACACAUGGACAGUCAGUUUUAUCCAACUCCCAGUGAUAUUGCCACUGGAAAUAAAACAGAACUUUUUGAAUAUGUUGUUGACUGCCUUGGCGAUUUCAUAAAGAAGAGACAAAUCACAGAGACGCUUCCACUUGGAUUCACCUUCUCAUUUCCAUGCCAGCAGACCAAACUAGAUGAGGGGGUCUUGAUUAACUGGACAAAGGAAUUUAAAGUGAAAGGGAUGCAGGGAAUGGAUGUGGUGAAGACACUACGCAAAACACUGAAGAGAAAGAAGAUUCCAAAUGUGGAAGUCAUGGCCAUAGUCAAUGACACAGUGGGAACAAUGAUGACUUGUGGAUUUGAAGACCAGCUGUGCGAAGUUGGAGUCAUUGUAGGGACUGGUACCAAUGCUUGCUACAUGGAGAACCUGAGUAGCAUUGACCUUAUUGAAGGUGAUGAAGGGAGGAUGUGCAUUAACACGGAAUGGGGAGCAUUUGGAGACGAUGGAUCACUGGAAGACAUUAGAACAGAGUUUGAUAAAGAAAUAGAUUUAGGAUCUGUUGACCCUGGAAAACAGCUAUUUGAAAAGAUGAUCAGUGGUCUGUACAUGGGAGAACUUGUCCGACUUAUUCUGCUGGAGAUGGCAAAGAAAGGUCUUCUAUUUGGUGGAAAGAUAUCAACGGCUCUCCGUACCAAGGGCGCGAUAGAAACUAGCCAUGUGGCAUCAAUGGAGAACAACCAGGGGCUGUAUAACACCAAGCAAGUAUUGCUUGACCUCGGACUGGAGCCAUCAGACGAUGAUUGCAUUGCUGUGCAGCAUGUUGCCACCAUUGUGUCAUUCAGAUCAGCCAAUCUGUGCGCAGCUGCUCUGGCUGCAAUACUCACCCGACUUCGGCAAAGCAAGAAGUUAGACCGGAUGAGGACUACUGUUGGAAUGGAUGGUACAGUCUAUAAAACUCACCCUCAAUAUGCUAAACGGCUCCACAAGGUGGUCAGGAGACUGGUCCCCAAUUGUGAUGUACGCUUCCUGCUUUCAGAAUGUGGCAGCGGGAGAGGGGCAGCUAUGGUUACAGCAGUGGCUUGUAGACUUCUGACCCAACGCAAGGAGAUUGAUGAAGUACUAGACGUGUUCCGUGCCAGUGAUGAGAAACUUGCAGAUAUUAAGCAGAGAAUGUUGACUGAACUAAAAUGUGGACUUCAGAAAGAAACUCAUGACAAAGCCACAGUGAAAAUGUUACCAACAUAUGUUUAUGCAACACCUGAUGGGACGGAGAAUGGAAAUUUUCUGGCUUUGGAUCUUGGAGGAACAAACUUCCGGGUAUUGCUAGUGAAGAUCCGCAGUGGAAGAAGGCGCUAUGUGAAAAUGUAUAAUAAGAUCUUUGCCAUUCCUCUAGAGAUAAUGCAAGGAACUGGAGAAGAGCUAUUUGAUCAUAUUGUGGAAUGCAUCGCAGAAUUCUUAGAUUAUAUGGGAAUUAAAGGUGCUCCAUUGCCAUUGGGAUUUACAUUUUCCUUUCCAUGUAAACAAGAUCGGAUUGACAAGGGAACAUUGGUGGGCUGGACAAAAGGUUUCAAGGCCACAGAUUGUGAAGGGCAAGACGUAGUAGAGAUGUUGCGAGAAGCCAUCAAGAGGAGAAAUGAGUUUGACUUAGACAUUGUGGCCAUUGUUAAUGACACAGUUGGGACAAUGAUGACCUGUGGGUAUGAAGACCCACAUUGUGAGAUUGGACUCAUUGCAGGUACUGGUAGCAAUUUGUGUUACAUGGAAGAGAUGAAGAACAUUGAGUUUUUGGAAGGAGAUGAAGGGAGAAUGUGUAUAAACACCGAAUGGGGAGGUUUUGGAGACAAUGAUUGCCUGGCUGACAUCCAGACCCAGUAUGACAGACAUGUUGACGAGAAGUCACUGAAUCCAGGAAAACAAAGAUAUGAAAAGAUGACCAGUGGCAUGUACCUCGGAGAAAUUGUGAGACAAAUUUUAAUUGACCUAACUAAAAAAGGUCUCUUAUUUCGUGGUCAGAUAUCUGAAAGGCUGAGGACAAAAGGCAUAUUUGAAACAAAAUUUUUGUCUCAGAUUGAAAGUGAUCGUCUAGCCCUCCUUCAAGUCAGGAAGAUCCUGCAGCAGCUGGGUUUGGACAGUACAUGUGAUGACAGUAUCAUUGUAAAGGAAGUUUGUGGAGUCGUAUCAACAAGAGCAGCAAAGUUAUGUGGAGCCGGGUUGGCGGCAGUUGUAGAUAAAAUAAGAGAAAACCGGGGCCUAGACCAUCUCAAAAUUACUGUUGGUGUUGAUGGGACCUUAUACAAAUUACAUCCACAUUUUUCCAGGAUUUUGCAGGAAACCGUGAAGAAACUGUCACCGGAAUGUGAUGUGUCCAUCUUGCUAUCUGAAGAUGGGAGUGGGAAGGGAGCAGCGCUGAUUACUGCGGUGGCCAAACGUUUUCACAGUCAAGGAGCAGAGAAUAAGAAUUCUAUUGGCCUAAACAUUUAAAACCCAACCGAAAACCAAAAAAUGCCUCUCCUAUUUAUUGUAAGCCAGAACAUGUGACAGCACUCUGGGGAACUUGUUGGCUUUUAGGUCCAUCCCGAAGAAUUGCCUUCAAAUUUCUGUGGCUUUCCAACUAUUGGAGAAAGGUGUAAGUGUUGACCAACGACACAAAGAAGUUGCAAGUAUGACAGAUGAAGAUACACAUACUUUCUCAACACCCUCUCGCCCCCCCAUUUUCCCCAUUUUUUUUCCAGUCAUUGGUUGCUGGAACUGCCUAUCAAGUAGUAACACUUUUACCUAUAUAGCUUAUUUAGACUUUUUUUCUUUUCAGCAGUAUAGCAAUAAGAACAUGCCACUGUCUACUGUCUUAGAACCUAUGCAUCAAGCUAAUGUGUUUUUUUAUUUUUUUUGCACAACAGCAUAGGACAGCCCAUUCACUUUAAUGGGCUGCCCUUUAUGUGACAAAUGCGCCAAAGUAGCUUCAGCACGAUUUUUGCAAGCCUCGCUUGUUUUAAUGCGUUUUGUUGCACACAAAAAUGAGUGCUUGCUAGCCGUGUUUGGGGUGGCAGUAAGAAUUGGGGUGGUAGUAAGUACAAUUGGUAAGAAUUGGGGUGCCUGUAAGAAUUAAUGGCACCCCAAACAUGUUGCUCAUUGCUGGAAUUUGAAGCUGUGAAUGGGGCCUUAGGGUUGCUUUUCCAUCAAGUUUUGUACAUGUAAGGUGGUAAAACUACCUUUUGCAUACGGAAUUGUUUGGGAAGAUACCAAUAGUAUAUUCUUGUUAUAGCUAUGUAACUGUAUGUACAUAUAGUUUACUUCCAGUAAAGAAAAUAAUAAAACAUGACAUUAAACAGUA